UAUGUUGACAAAUGUUUUUGACAGCUGACGUUUUACGGUUGGAAGGUGGUAUGAUGUGACAUUUAUUGUUUGGCCAAAAAAAUAUUAAGUGUAAUAAAGUAAUAUUUGCAUGUGAUUAAUGUAUUUUUUUAUUCGCCUCAAAAAGAAAAUAUAAAAUGAACUAUUCAAUGGAUAAUAACGGUAGUCUCGGGUUAACUACAGACCAAACGGAAAAAGUACUACAAUUUCAAGACCUCACAGGUAUCGAAGAUAUAACGAUAUGCAGGGAUGUAUUGCAAAGACAUCAAUGGAAUUUGGAAGUAGCCGUUCAGGAACAACUAAAUAUCAGGGAAGGAAGACCUACUGUUUAUGCAUUGGAAUCUAGACCGCCGGCGGUAGUUAGCGAUCAUUUGGGUCAACAUUUCUAUUAUACACCACCUACCGAUGGCUCCGGCAGCGGUUUUAGAGGGAUCUUCAAAACUGUUUUUAAUUUUAUGUGGAAUAUGUGUUACAGCACCCUCAUUACCUUCUUACAAUUAGGUCGAAGACUACUGGGUAUAGAAUUUAGGCCGAGAACGAAUCCUGUUCAAGAUGUGAUGGAUUUUAUUAAAUUAUAUGAAGAAAAAUAUUCACAAACCCACCCAGUAUUCUACCAAGGCACGUUUUCGCAAGUUCUUAACGACGCAAAAAGGGAAUUAAGAUUUUUAUUAGUGUAUCUACACGAUUCCAAAGCAACGGAUACUGAUUCAUUUUGUAAUGGAACUUUAUCUGAUCAUGAACUAAUUCAGUACAUCAAUCAAACGUUUUUGUUUUGGGGUUGUUCAGCACAGUCAGGUGAAGGGCAGAAAACCUCUAGUGCAGUCAGAGCUAGCCAUUAUCCCUUUUUGGCAGUUUUAGUGUUAAAAGAAAAUAGAAUGACUAUAGUAGGUAGGUUAGAAGGAUAUUCAAAUCCACAAUUGCUAAAACAGAGACUGAUUACCAUUGUAAAUGAAUACGAAAUAAAUUUGGUGUCUGCAAGAGCUGAUAGGUUCGAAGCAAGCAUCAACCGGUCAUUAAGAUCACAGCAAGACGAGGCCUUCAUGGAAAGCUUACGAGCCGAUCAAGAAAAAGAAAGAAAAAAAGAAGAAGAGAGAAAAGCAAAAGAAGAGGAACAACGUAGGUUAGAAGAGGAAAGAUUGGCCGAAUUGGAACGUAAGGAAACUUUGGAACAGGAAAAAAUCAACUCUUUACAAAGGAUUCCUCACGAACCGGACGCCACGCACCCCGACGCCGUACACGUAGUGUUUAAAUUACCGUGUGGUAGCAGAUUGGAAAGAAGAUUUCUCAAAACUCAUUCCUUAGAGGUGAAAAAAAAAAUGUUUAAUGUAUUCUGCGCUUAUUUGUAUUUGUUUCAGGCGGUUUUUUAUUUUUUAUUUUGUCAUCCGAACGCUCCGGAUUCGUUUGAAAUAACAACGAAUUUCCCAAAGAGGAUAUUGAAAUGUCGGAGGGAGCACCAUGAACAGAUCCAAACAUUGGAACAAGCCGGACUGAAAAAUAAGGAAGUUUUAUUUGUUAACGAUCUAGACGCGUGAAUUUUUUCUUUAAAUCGAACCGUAAGUAGAAAAAUAUGAAUUCGGGAAGAAUUUUUCGCAAUAAAAGAAACUACGUCUACUUUUAAAAUUGUAUUAAGUUCAAAAUUGUAUUGAAUUUUUAUUAAACGUAAUCAUUUAUUCGGAGAAAAUAUUAUGGUUGUACUUAUUGAUGUACACGAUCAGUUUACUAAAAAAAACAUCAAAAUUGAUUAAAAAAUACAGAUUUUUUGCUUUUAUUUGGAUUUAUUUUUAUUUUUUAAUACUUUAUUGAUUUAAAUUAUUUAUGAACUUCAUUUUUGGUAUUGUUAAUGAAAUAAUUUACCCUGGGAGAUUUCUAGCUGUGUUAAGUCAACGUUUUAUUCCAAAAAGUCACAUUUUGUUUAAAUAUAAUCUAUAUAAAUCAUCGUAAAAUGUUGUGGUGCUCUCCUAAAUCAAUUAUCGUCCAUUUAAGGCGUCUAAACACACUUCUUUAUGAAAAUCCUGCUUUUAUUCGACAUUAUUUCCAUCUUUAAUUUCUUAUUUUCAUUCAAAAUUGACAAAUAAAUAAAAGCACGUUUCAUUUUGUAUAAUAUGUCAAAUGCCGUUCUCAAAUCCAAGAAUAUAGCUUCAUAGACGAGAAGUAACUUCGAUUAUGUCAUUUUUUGUUACAUUGUUGAUAAUACAGCAUAAAAAAGACCAAAAUGUAAAAAAAAAUAGAAAAUGAGCUAAUUUUUGCUGUUAGACAAUUUAUUUGUAUAAAUCAUUUAAAAUCUUCAUUUUUGGUUUUGUUAAUGAAAUAAUGGACCCUUCUAGCCGUGUUAAUUCAAUGUUUUAUUCCAAAAAAUCACUUUUUGGUAAAGUGUAGUGGUGCUCCUCUAAAUCCAUUGUUCUUCCUAUAUGACGCCUAAAAAGUCCCCUUAUGAAAAUUCUGCUUUCACUCUGAUCUUUGUUUGUCAAAUGCUGUUCCUAGAUCCAAGAAUAUUGUUUUAUACAUAAAAAUUGACUUCUUUUGUCAAUUUUUAGUUUUAUUGUUGCUAAUACCUCUAAUUGUGCGUUUUUUUUGGGGAAAAAUUGUGAAGAAAACUCAUUUGGAGCCACAUUCAAACAGUCAUAAAUCAUUGCAGAAUGUUGUGGAGGUCUUUUAAACCAAUUUUCCUUCCUUCUAAAUAUACUUCCUCAUAAAAUUAUGUCAAAUGCUAUUCUCAAAUCCAAAAAUAUUGCACUCUAGGUGACAAUUAACUUCGAUUAUCCCUCACACUUAUUUGAAACCCCUAAUUGUUGUGAAUCUGUUGGGGUAAAUAUUUUUCCUUGACCAUAUUUGGUUCAGAAAACUAUGCAGUGCAUUGUUUGGAGAAAAUUGUGAAUAAAACUCAUUUGGAGACACAGUCAUAUGUUUUUUAUCAAUAUAAAUGACAGAUAGUUGAAGUGGCAGACAUUGUUGAGGUUAUUAGUGAAAUUUGUAUCAAUAAUGUCCUUUAUAAGGAGUUCUGAUGCAUUACUAAUAAAAUAUUAGAUAAAAAACGAAUCAAAUCAUCGAUUAUUAUCAGUCAAUCUCAUUUAUCUGCUGAGUUUAAUAAACAUUAGAAAACUGGCAGCAAAUAGAGGAUUUAUUUGAGCUUUGGGAUCUUCUAGUUGUUUUAAGUCAGCAUUCUGUUAAAUAAAUCACAUUUUGGUCAUAAAUUAUUGAUAUGAAUCGUCGUAAAGUGUCCUUAUGGUCUUCUAAAUCCAUUAUCCUUCCCAUAUAAAGAUACUUCUUUAUAAAAAUCCUGUUCUUACUUGACAUUAUUUCCAUUUUUAUUUCUUAUUUAUAUAAUAAGUCAAAUACCUUUCUCAAAUCUAAGAAUAUUGCUUUAUUAAUGAAGAUAUUUGAAUUGUUCGGCUGAUAGUUGGAAAAAAAAUGGAUGUUAUAGCAUAUAAUGUAUCUGUUACGUUCAUUUAAACUGAAACUGGGUUUUAUCGACCUAAUAUUGUGUAAAAAAGACUGUACAAGGUGAUUUUUUUAUCCCCAUGAAGUCUCAUUGAAGCGAUACUUUCAAUACUUCAAUUAAAAACCAGGAUUUGUAAAGGAUUAAGACUUUUUGGUUGUUUGUUACUAUUUCUUUACUUAAUCACAGUUGGGGUGGUUGACAUUUAUUUUUGUUAACUUAAGUCAUAAAUAUAAACGAAAAUGGUUGGAAAUUUUAAUAAAAAACUUCUAUAAUAAAUUUUUUGGUGCAUUUUUGACUUUAUUUGUUAUACGGUUUUUCAAUAUGAUGAAAAAGUUCAUGUUAUGGUUUUUGAACCACUUUUUAUGAUUAUUUAAUUUAUUUUAGUUGUACAUUUGUUUUGUUAGGUUAUGAAAUACAAACACGGCAAUAAUUCGAUUUUUAGGAUUUAAAUUUUUAAUAAUUAUAUACAUGCAUACUAACAAUAAAUUCGGGGUCUCAUUUUCUCUAAAAAGAACAAUAAUUACACUGUAAAUAUUCUAAAUUUUGAAAAAUUUACAAAUUACAUCCAACCUUGACAAAACUAUUAAAAAAUUUAAAUGAUUUUGUCAGUUGUCAAAUGUCGAACGGUUUUUCCAUAGAUAAAAAACAUUAUAUCUGACUUGUCAGCUGUCGAACGGCUUACACUUUUUACAUAGAGUAAAAAAAUUUACUAGUUGUCGAACGAUAUGUACUUUUUACAUGAACUCUAUAACUUGUCAACUGUAGAACCACUUUUUGCAAAGUAAAUAAACAAUGGUUAUUCCUCUAAACAUCUAAAAAAAAUUUUCCCAUUAAAUAAACUCAACCCGCAUAUCCGAACCUAGUCGCUACUUUACACUUUUCAUACUAAUACAAAAUCGCGUCACCACUAAUCAAUCAUAGAAUUAAUAUUAAACAUAGAGAGAAGGGAAUUUAAGUGGAAAUGUACUAUCGGUAUGUUAUAUUCUUUCUUUGUCCAUCUUACAACUCGAAACUUAGACGUCAUCGUGAUCUGAUCAGAAUAGAAUGGUAUACCGUGUUUUACCUCUCUCUCUAUCAGCAAUUCGUGGUCACUUGAACAAGUUCCCUCUAUUUUUAAUAGUAAUUCUAUGUGACCAAUACAGACAGUAUUUAUUUUCGUUUAGUUAGGAAAUUUCAAAUAAUUUUUCCCAUUAAAAACCUUAUUCCAUAUGUUGUCGAAUUAAAGGCUCGUUCAGACAAUGACAUUUUAUGCCGUGGCACCUAAUGCCGUGACGUGAAUGGCGCAACAAUGCAUUGUCUGAACAGUUGAAGGACUCGAUGUCAUGACGUUAGUGCUGUAUAUCAAAAAUUUUUGAUAUACGACAUCGUGACAUCAAAUGUCUCGCUUGUUUCAUCGUUUGAACAUCGGCGACGGUGACAGUACUGAUUUUUUGGCGCGAAUCUGCUGUUUGUCAUUCGAUCAUGUCUUGAUUUGAUAUACUUACAUUUCUGGAAUGUUACCAGCAAUACCCUUGUCUAUGGGAUAAGUCCAUUUCAGCAUUAAAGGAUAGAAAUAAACGGGAUCAAGCGGAAGAAGCGCUUUUGAACAUUUUUAAAUUAUACUUCGCCUUCGCCCAUAAAGUAAUCAGCUAACUGUGCACGCUUUCUAGUAUUUGUUGUUCAUGUUCCUAAACCAAUUUUAGCGUUCUCUGUAUCUUCAACAUCAGGUGUUAAUCCAUAAUUUGACUUUUCCUAAUCCAAUUAUGUAAAGCACAGCACGUAUUCACGGUUUGUAACAACUUUUUCUGGUUCAAGAUCUAUUGCCCUUAAAAAUAUCCGGAAACGAUUCGUUAAAAUUCCGAAUCUAUUCUCGAUUAUUCUUCUUGCUCGACACGAUCUAGAGUCAAAAACACGUUCCGUAAUACUAUGGUUGGGCCGCCUAGGAUAAGGUUUCAUUAGAUACUCUCUUAAAGGGAAGGAUUCGUCUCCUAUUAUCUCCAAGUCCCUCAGCACCGUUCCUGGUGCAUCUAAUGUGUUCCUACGUCUAAUCCACUUUCUUACCCACACUCGCCUUUUUAAUUUUUGCCUCAACUUCAAAUUAAUUAGUUCCUCUAAUACAUCCGCUACUGCAGUUACGAGUUCCGCCAUUUUUGAUAAUAGUAUGUCGCAACACAUGUGUUGGUACGUGUGAACACCUAGUGUCAUAACGUCGAAUGUCUUACGCUGUCACAGCAUUUGAUGUCACGACAUGAAUGUCACCGUUUCAACGAGCCUUAAUACACAUAGUGUAGAAUGUAAUUUGGAUGUAAUUUUACGUAACUAGUUUUUUGUCAUGUUUAUAACAUGAAUUUAUAUAAGUUUUGAGGGAAAUGCAUUUAUUUCGUAUUGAUUAAAAAUUCCAUUUUUUGUUUUAUUAAAUACGAAACGUGUAAUUUAUUUUUAUUAGUGUAAAUAUGUAAAAAUAAAUUGUUCGAAUAA